CCAUGUUUUCGUCAGUCACCAAGCACCUAGGCGGAGGGCAGUUAGCCAUCAGCCAUGGGUGAUCAAAUGUUAAAAUUUUAACAGCGUCUACGUAGAAAUGAAACUUUGUGUUUUAACCGUAAACGCCCAUUACUAUGUAAGCAAAUUUUUGUGAGAACAAGUGUUAGCGUGGGUACUGCUGUUUAAAAAAGAUGAGCUAUCAAGUUUCUAAAAUGCGUUUAACGCUUAGAAGAAUCUUACAAGCUCUGUUUUUAGCUUUAUUGUUUUCGUUUUCAACACUGGCAAUGCUUCGGACUUUCGCUGCCACUUCAAGUCGUUCUGCAACGAUAACGGAGCACGUUGCUGCAGUAAAGGAAGAACCGCCAUGGAUCAAAACUUUUGUGGGCUUGUGGCCAGAUCGAUCUCUGAGAUCUGUGUUUGGCGAAGAAGGAAAAGAACUCGUGGCGUCAGCUAUCGACGACAAUGACGAUAAUACGAUUGAAUUCGAAAGAGCAAUAUCAACUACGACAUCCACGACGACGACUGCUGCUAGUAAACCACAAACGUCAUUAGACGAUAUAUUUAUCAGUGUCAAAACUACCAAGAAUUUUCACGCCACACGACUCGAUGUCAUCAUCAAGACAUGGUUCACACUUGCUCGCGAACAGACUUGGUUUUUUACCGACUCCGAUGACGAAGAAUACAGCGAGAAAACUCACAAUCAUUUGAUUAAUACUGGGUGCUCGGCUUCCCACAAUCGGAUGGCAUUGUGUUGCAAGAUGGCCGUUGAGUUUGACACCUUCCUCGAGAGCAACAAACGAUGGUUUUGUCAUUUUGACGACGACAACUACGUCAACGUACCCCAAUUGGUUCGCAUGCUACAAAAGCACGAUUGGACAGAUGAUUGGUACCUCGGCAAACCAAGUAUUAAAGCCCCACUGGAAAUUUUGGACCGCGAACACAUGCCGCAAAAGAUUUCCUUUUGGUUCGCUACAGGAGGAGCUGGAUUCUGUUUAAGUCGUUCACUAGGCUUGAAAAUGAAACCGCUUGCCAGUGGAGGGAAGUUCAUCAGUAUUGGGGAUAAAAUUCGGCUGCCGGAUGAUGUGACUAUGGGCUACAUUGUUGAGCAUCUUCUCAGCAAACAACUUACGGUGGUAGAAGAAUUCCAUUCACAUUUGGAACCAAUGAAAUUUCUUAAACAAUCGCAACUUGCAGAACAAAUCACCUUCAGUUACUCGCAUUACGGGCCCGAAAUGAAUGUACUUAGUUUGAAUGGUUUCAACAAUCAAAUCGACCCGUAUAGGUUUUUAUCCUUGCACUGUCAUUUGUAUCCAAACUUCAGCUUCUGCCCUCGGUAGGCUUAAGAAAUUUUUCUACAUAAUUUAAGCUGUGAUAUCGUUUUUGAGUUGCAAAACAUUGGUUUGUAUUUUAAAAUUUGUGCAUACAUUUUUUAUGGUGUC